CCCGCGGCGCGAGGCCGGAAGUCCAACCCGUUGCCCUGAGAGACGGUUAGUGAGUACUGGGCCCUCCGGCCCUGGGCCGGGGGAGUAGAGUACGGAGAUUUAAGAUUGGACUGGGCCUCGGAGGAGGCGAACCUAAGGAACAGGUUCACCUGGACUCUGGGAGUUGGGGAAUGGGAUGAGAGAAGAAGAGAAGGUUGAUCCGACAAGAUCUAGCGGUCUUAGUGGACUGCAAGCUCGGAAUGCCUUCACCGCAUGACGUGGCGGCCCACAGCGCUAGCGUCUGAGGCCUCGUUGAGAAGGGAUGAUGUCAGCAGCAAGGAAAGCCAGCCUAUUAAAUGCCAACCACUUAGCUAAUGACUUUUUUUAUGAUUCCAGUGACAUUUCCAUAGGAGAUAUGAGGAUAAAAGAAACUCAGAAUAGGGUCUUUAGAAGUGAAGGCCUUGAUAAGACAUCAUUUAGCCAAAGCAGAUUCUUAAAGAGGAAACAAAAUGCUGAUGAAAACCAGUUUUUCUUCAAGGGUAAUACUGUAAAAGAGAUGGGGAGCAGGACCUCUUUAAAUAGAUCAAUGACUACUGCCUCCAAGAUCAGGGCUAAUGCAGCUUUGAUGAAACUAGCACAAAUAGAAACUAAAAUUAUGAGCCGAAAGCUGCAGGUUGAUUUGUCUGACACUGACACAGAUGGAAAGAGUGCUGAUGAUGCCCUUUCCCUGAAGAAUGUAAGUGACAUUCCCUGGCAACAUGGGGAUAAACUUCCCAUUGCUGGUAGCAAUGAAAGAGUGAAUCGGUUUCUGAAGAAGAAAGGUCCAGCCAUUGAAAAAAUAGCCAGUACAGUACAGUCUGGAAAUGUCAAGAAUUCUCAAUCACCAAAACAGAAAGAACCAGUUGGAAAGCUGGUAUCUACGGAUAGUGAUGAAGAGGAAAUGAAAUUGUUGCUGGGAAACUUCGUGAAGCCUUUCGAUGACAAAGACGCACCUAAGAAUGCUGUUCUUAAGAACACUAAACUUAAGGAAGAUGAAUAUAAGGCACUCUCUAUGGAUGAGAUUCUGAGUCCACCAGGUCCAGCUUCUCCACCUAGUGAAGAAUUUUCUAGUCUCAAACUUUUUCGAACAUUAUGUUUGCCUGAAGAAAGCUGUCAAGAAACUGCCUCCCACAAUAGCCCUUCAAGAACUCCUUCCCCACAGAGUGGCUUUUCAGAUAACAAAACUUCAAGAUCACCAUCACUUUCAAUAAUGCAUUACUUUUCAAGGCCAACAUCCCCCAAAAUGCAGCAUAUAAAACUAGCAUUCUCACCUGGGGAGACUGAAAUUGGAUCAUUGGAUGAGUUGUUCUCUGAAGCAUCCAGUGAUAGCUUAAAUGAUUUUAAAAUAAAUAUUUUAUCCCUUGAUGAUUUGGCUCCAGUUGAUGUCAGUGAGAAAAAAGAACUCAAACAAAAAGAAGAAGAUCAUAGAAUAAAACCAUCAAGCAAGGAAUUAAAAAGAGAUGUAUCAGUUGUAAAAAGUAUACAAAGAAGAAAUGUCAAAGAGAUGAGUCCAGAGACAAGUAUGAACAUUACUUCUCUUGAUCUUGAAGAGGAAAGUUGCAUUGCAAGUGAAAUAUCUGAGGAUGUGAAUGAGAAUUCUGUCACCUCUUCUAGAGAGGAAAGUAUUUCCAGGAGAUCACCAUCUCCUAAACUGCAGGAAAAUACUAUAAACUCAGUAUAUUCUGAAGAUUUUGAAAAAUCAACAGUAUCUGGGCAGGCAACCUACUCCCAAGAGUCAUCAAACAAGACACCGUCUUUGUCUGAGAGCCCUUCAUAUUCUCAAAGAGAUCUUAGUACAGAAUCUGGAGAGCCUGGUCCAAAAUGGAGUGAGAAUGUAAGGAGACUCUUAGUGAAAGAAGUGGCUGUUCAGACUUAUGAUCCUGCAUUCACCUACAGCUGGAAAAAAGAGACCAUGGCGACCAUUGGCCCAAGUCUGGGCAGAGCUUAUGUGGACCCUGAACCUAUUGCCACUCAUGUGAUUAGUGCAGAUGCAAUAGAAGCUCUGACAGCCUAUAGUCCUGCAGCCUUUGCUCUGAAUGACAUGUUAAAACAGCAGCUGACAUUGACAAAGCAGUUUAUGGAAACCAGCCGGUAUCUGCAUUAUUCUCUCCUUAAGUCCCUGGAAGAUGACACAUUCCAUUAUCAUACACUGGAAGAAGUUAAAGAGAAAAACACCAGAAGAUUAUGAUGAAUUACUUAUAAACAGUCUGCUAGCGGUCACUUAAAAGUGAAGAGGAAUCUUACGGGGGAGUAGGACUCCGAGAUCGGGAUCGACGCCUUCUUCCUGGGGAGUAAGAUUUUGACCUGGACCUGGACCUUGACCGUGACCUGCUGCGUGAAGAACGGGACCGGCUUCUGCUCCUGUAUCAUAAAAGUGUCUAAAUUCAGUUACCUUCUCCUCCAGAAAAAGUGAGCAUAAACAUCCAGCCUUGACAAUCACUAAGGGGCUCUACUUCAUGAAGAAAGGCCCAAUUGUGACCUACCUAGACCGGGAGCGUGAAUAUGAACGAGAACAGGAGCGAGACCGUGACCUUGAGUAUGAACCAGAUGAUUUGGAAGAUCUUGAAUUGGAUCGUGACGAAGAACGACCUCUACUCUUAGACCUGCUACGAGAUCUAGAAGGUCCACUGCAAAGAGAAUUUAUAGUGAGCAAAAUAUUUCGAUAGCUCUACUAUAUCUCUGGAGCCACACCCACAAAAUACAAAUGUUUAAUUAAACCUGCCCUAAAUUAAACAUUUUUUUUUUGCUUAAAAACUAGCCACAUCUCACCUCUGAAGAAAAAAAGGCAGGACACUUUUUCAUCUAGUCUUACUGAAGAACUUGAAUAAACAAAUCUGGCUAGGCCCCCUAGUGAUAUUAAAAUAAACACCCUGUUUUUAAACC